CGAAAAAUGCGAAACUUUUAUUGUUGUUUUCUUGCAACCAGCGUUUGUCCAAUUCCAUUUAGGCUAAUUAUGAUUCUCAGAAAGUAUCAUAAAACCAGUAAUACUAUUGCUUGCUUUGUCAUGAAAGUAAACCUUAUUAACACAAUUAGAUAAAAAAAAACUCAAACGGGUUGGUUUGAACUACACUACUUGCCGUAGAUUACACCGCGUCAUCGUGAUUUUUCUACCAAACACUGAGCUUGCUAGCUAGCUAGUUAGAGGGCUAGCUCAUGUUACAAUGCCUCUUUACUUAUUCCGUACACAUUACACCUGGAGGUAGGGGAGUCUUGGUGAAAAAAGAGAGUAUUUUAUGUAUGUAAGUACUUGAACACACAGUGUGGAUAAGGCUCCGCCCCUUCGGAGAGGUAAACAAACGAUCGAGGCUACAGUAGCCAUAUCUCCCUGCCUGUGUCGUCGCCUGUAAAUGGACAUAAUCAUAAUUUUGCCAUGAAUUGCCGCUCAGAAGUGCUCGAGGUGACCGUGGAGGCGAGGCAGGUCGAAGAAUCGAUGCUGGCCCUGCUGCACACCAUUUUACUGCAUCGAAGCACCGGGAAGUUUCACUACAAGAAGGAAGGCACCUACUCCAUCGGGACGGUGGGGACACUGGACAUCGACUGCGACUUCAUCGACUUUAGCUUCGUCAGGGUGUCCUCGGAAGAGCUGGACAGAGUGAUCAGGAAAGCUGUGUCUGAGUUCAAGGAUGCCUUAAGCAUCUCAGGCAGUGAUGGCAUGGGGCAAAUCUCACUCGAGUUUUACCAGAAGAAGAAGUCCCGCUGGCCCUUUUCUGACGAGUGUAUCCCCUGGGAAGUGUGGAGCAUCAAGGUCAACGUUGUGAACCUGGCCAACGAGCAGGAGAGACAGAUCUGCAGGGAGAAAGUGGGCGAGAAGCUGGGCGAGAAGGUCAUCAACGUUGUCGAGGUUAUUAACCGCCACGAGUACCUGCCAAAGAUGCCCACCCAGUCCGAAGUGGACAACGUGUUUGACACCAGUCUCAAGGAUGUGCAGCCCUAUCUCUACAAAAUCACAUUUCAGAUCACUGACUCUCUGGGCACCUCUGUGAGCACAACCAUGAGAAGGCUGAUCAAAGACACUCUGGCACUGUGAGGAUGCUCGAGGACAGAGAGAAAAAAAGAUCUGGAUGAUUCAUAACUGCCUCUGUAGUCAUGCAGUCUCCUUUUAAAACAUGGAAAAACAUCGCAGCGUCAGCAAAGCAAACGCAUCUGUUGCUUCUGAUAUAUCUGCUAUAGUUCGGUUUUUGUUUGCACCUUAAGAUUCUUGAUUAUGUAAUGUUGAUUUUACAUAUAUUUUGAUUUUUUAGUAUUCUCUUCAUCAUUAUGGAUUCCUCCAACCAUCUAGGAAUGCAACUAUGACAGGGAAAUUAUUAACAAUUUUUAUCUUUUAAAUUCUUUAAGAACCUGCGUUGCUGAUGUCAAAUGUGUAACUUAUUGUUCAUCUUAAGCAAUAAAUGUUUUAAUUGUAAA